AUGGAUGAGAUGAACACUAUAUAUAUGUUGAAUACGUUUACUUUGGUUCCACCAACAGACGACAUGAAUAUCCUAGGGUGUCGCUGGGUCUUCACACCAAAGAUGAAACCAGAAGGAGAGCUCGACAAGCUAAAGGCUCGACUAGUUGCAAAAGGUUACGACCAAGAAGAGGGAAUAGAUUACCUGGAGACGUAUAGCCCAGUAGUCAGAACAGCAACAAUACGCAUGAUAUUGGAUGUAGCCACGGCCAAAGACUGGAAACUUAAACAAUUAGAUGUUUCUAGUGCGUUUCUGCAUGGAGAACUGAAGGAGCCGGUCUAUAUGACGCAACCUCCGGGUUUUGUUGAUCCUGCAAAACCAAAUUAUGUUUGCAAAUUAACAAAGGCGCUAUAUGGACUCAAACAAGCACCGAGAGCAUGGUUUGAUACGUUUAGCAACUACCUGAUCGACUUUGGGUUUCAAUGCAGUAAGUCGGAUCCCUCUCUCUUCACCUAUUGGAAAAAUGGGAAGUCUCUGGUUUUUCUUCUAUAUGUCGAUGAUAUGAUGGUAACAGGCAGUGAUGACAAUCUCGUUCAAGACCUCCUCAAAGCUCUCAACAGAAGAUUCUUCAUGAAAGAUCUUGGACACCCAAAAUACUUCUUGGGGAUAGAGAUUCAGGCCUACGAAGGUGGAAUGUUUCUACAUCAAUCUUCUUAUGCUAGAGACAUUCUCCAUGCUGCUUCCAUGACUGACUGUAACCCCAUGCCAACUCCACUUCCUCAGAACAUUGAGAAUCUCAAUUCAGAGCUCUUUCCGGAACCAACUUAUUUCAGAAGCCUUGCAGGGACGCUCCAAUACCUGACAAUCACCAGACCAGACAUUCAGUUUGCUGUUAAUUUCGUCUAUCAGAGGAUGCAUCAGCCAACAAUUGCUGAUUUUAGCUUACUAAAAAGGAUUCUACGCUACAUCAAAGGGACAAUCAAUAUGGGAUUACAUAUUCACAAGCACAAUGACAUGACACUAACAGCCUACUGUGAUAGCGAUUACGGUGGAUGCAAAGAAACAAGGAGAUCAACUACUGGAUUCUGCACAAUGAUGGGCCCUAACCUCCUCUCUUGGUCAGCUAAACGACAACAGACUGUGUCUAAAUCAUCAACAGAAUCAGAAUACAGAGCACUUACAGCAACGGCGCAGGAGUUAACUUGGCUGUCUGCUCUUCUUCGGGAUCUGGGGAUUCCUCAGUCGAAAUCAACAUUGCUUCAGUGCGACAAUCUAUCGGCAGUCUAUCUCAGUGCCAAUCCGGCUCUUCAUAAUCGCUCCAAGCACUUUGAUACGGACUGGCACUAUAUCCGAGAACAGGUCGCUCUUGGUCUAAUUGAAACGAAGCAUAUUCCGGCGACCGAACAGCUCGCCGAUAUCUUCACUAAGCCGCUACCAAAACGACCGUUCUUCGAACUCAGAUCCAAACUCAGUGUUGGCGAGGGUCCCACCAUGAGUUUGCGGGGGGAUGAGAGUGAACAAGUGAAAUGUGGGCUUAGCCCAGUAACGCAGAAGCCCAUCAAGCCCACAUCUUCUACACAGAACAAGACAAAACAGAGAGCUACCCCUGCAAGUACGGAAAAGCAAACGUUAGAGAUAAGGAAUAGAUUUGAAUCCCUAGCUUGCUUUAACCCUGGUUAA